AUGAGUGUUCAGUGUGACGAACCUUUCAGAGUGACAGCCACCUCCGUGCCAGUGAGGUUCCGCUACAGAGGACAGUAUGUUUUGGAGCGGAGGGGAGGGUCCCAGAGCUCUUUUUCUUUCUCUUCUCCUCACUCGCUGCAGACCAAAGUGGAGGACUUGGUGCAGGAGGUCUUCAGUGCUUACACAACGAACCACCACGUCUCACAAUUUGUCCUGCAGCGCGAGAAGCAUUACCACUACUUGAAGAGAGGCCUGAGGCAACUGACGGAUGCCUACGAGUGUCUGGAUGCCAGCCGCCCCUGGCUGUGCUACUGGAUCCUGCACAGCCUGGAGCUGCUCGACGAGCCCAUCCCGGAGUCCGUGGCUUCAGACGUCUGCCAGUUCCUGAGCUGCUGCCAGAGCCCCAGUGGUGGGUUUGGAGGAGGGCCCAGCCAGCACCCCCAUCUCGCUCCCACCUACGCCGCCGUCAGCGCGCUCUGCAUCAUCGGCACCGAAGAGGCCUUCAACGUCAUCAACAGGGAGAAGCUCUUGGAGUAUUUGUACUCGCUGAAGCAGCCCGACGGCUCCUUCAUCAUGCACGUGGGGGGCGAAGUGGACGUCAGGAGCGCCUACUGCGCCGCCUCAGUGGCUUCGCUGACCAACAUCCUCACCCCCACGCUCUUCGCGGGCACGGCCGAGUGGAUCGCGAGGUGCCAGAACUGGGAGGGCGGCAUUGGCGGCGUCCCGGGCAUGGAGGCCCACGGAGGAUACACGUUCUGUGGCCUGGCGGCGUUGGUCAUCCUGAAGCAGGAGCACUUAGCCCUGACGCGUGUCCCCAUCUGUCCCUCCCAGCACUGGGUCACCAGUCGGCAGAUGCGCUUUGAGGGGGGGUUCCAGGGCCGCUGUAACAAGCUGGUGGACGGCUGCUACUCCUUCUGGCAGGCCGGCUUGCUGCCCCUCCUCCACCGAGCUCUGCACGCCCAAGGCGACCCGGCCCUCAGCAUGACGCACUGGAUGUUCCACCAGGAGGCGCUGCAGGAGUACAUCCUCCUCUGCUGCCAGUGCCCUGCCGGGGGGGUGCUGGACGAG